AUGGAAAUACCAGGAGAGCCAGAUAUGGAUCUUGGGCCAACACUGGAGUGGCUGAGGGAGGAGCUGGCUGAGAUGCAGAUCCAGGACUGGCAGCUGCUGCUCACACUGAGGCAUCUGCACAGCCUCCUGGAGGAGCUCCAAGCAGAAAGCACCCACUGGGAGGACACGAGGUCCAGCAGAAGCACAUCGCCUUUCAGAGCUAGGCUUGGCUCAGAGGGCAGAGGCUGCCAGCCUUUUCGGAGGCAAUUGGGCCAACUGCUCCAAGGAGAAGAGAGCAGGUGA